AUGAUCUUCCGUCGCGCCUUCAGCUCGGCGUCGCGCGUCGCCAGCAACACGCCUGCCGGCUUCUUCAGCCGCCCGGCCGUCGCGCAGCGCCUGCCCGCCCGCAGCGGCGGUGCCCGCGCCCCCACCGUCGCCGCCGCGCCGCACACGCCGCCGGCCGUCGUCGAGGAGCAGUCGCCCAACCUCGCCGGCACGUGGUCGCCCACGCAGCAGCCGCGCACCGAGGCCAUGAAGGGCCCGCGCUUCGAGCAGAUGGACAUGGCGCUGCAGCCGCAGCCGCUCAGCGCCAUGGAGAUGAUCCAGCGCGAGCCCAUCCGCCUCGUCGCCGCGCGCGUCGUCGGCUGCGACGGAGGUGACGGCCCGCUGGGCCACCCCAAGGUGUUCAUCAACCUCGACAAGCCCGGACCGAAGGCCUGCCCUUACUGCGGCAUCCGUUUCGAGCUCGACCGGGGGCACGCUCACUGAGCGGCACGCCGGUCAGC